AGAUUCUUAAAAAAAAAAGUUAUUUUCACAAGAAUAUAAAGUUUGUAACGUACAUUAUCAUUGUCACAAAGGUAAACGAUUAAAUGUAGAUAGACAUUUUAACAAAACCUUGUUACAUUUUACGUUUGCAAAUUUACCAAAUUAAUUUAUUAGAUUUCUUAAUUAUUUAAUUUCUAUAAAUUUCGAAUCGUAACUGAUCUCUUUAUAGAUGUCGAUCAAUAUUCAUACAGCACAAAACUUGCAAUUACAUUGUAGCAAUAUUGCUCCAAAAUUGCAAUCUUGUUACAACAUUGCUAUAAUGCAACUGCAAGUUUUGUGCUGUAUGGGUAAUCUUUCCUUCGUAAGUGUCGGAAUAUAAAAGCUAUACUACAGCGAUGAUACUUAUUACUUUCGCGUUGGUUAUUUUAGAAUUGUUGUCUUAUCGAACAUAACGGAAGAUUAAAAGAGUUACAUUAUCAUAAUAUACGCGCGAUUGUUAAAUUGGCCGCCAUUCAGUCAAUUAAACCGGUCCAAUUAAACUGCAUUCUCAACAGGUGUUUCCCACCACCUUUCCUCAAGUUACAUUCUUCACAAUUUCCGUUUAUAACAGGUAGUUCUAUUGGUUCGAGAUAUCGGUCCCCGAAUUCCUUCGUCUCUCACGGUGCAUACGGUCCAACUAGAUUGCAGAGUGCCCGGCUGGCGCUGCGCUCGAUUACAUACAAAUUAACACGUAUGUGUUAUCCGACGAGAUAAACAAUUUAACUAUCCGCGUAUAUUUUACUUUCAUGAAAAAAAAUUGAUAAGAAACGAAAAAGUAUUGGAAAAAGACGAUACAAACGCUAAAAGGAGAAACUGUGGCCGUGCGCGACGUUCGAUCCCGAAGAGAGGAUCGCGCGGAGCGAAAGUUGACGGUUGCCGAUUCGACCGAGAGAGGCAGCCGACCGCCAUCGUCGAGAUCCCCCAUGGCGCUCGACCAAUGGAACGUCGCGUUACCUGCGCGCGGCGCACCUGAGGCAGGUAAAGGAAAGGAACGGGUGCGUCGAACGUGGAUGAAUCGUGGAUCACGUCACACGGUCGGAACGGUGGCUCGGAUUAGUCGCCGGGGUAUUCGCGGUCGAGCAUGUUCGGGACGUAGAGCUCCGCCGCUCGUUCGUUUCUCUGCCGUCUCGGGACCGAGUGUCUCCCUCCCUCCCUCCCUCCUCCCCCGUACCCCCGGCGUCUCUUGGUGUUUGUGCGUGGUGCGCUGUGAAAAAAAAUUUGUAAAUAAGUUAUAAUCAGCGGUACAUCGUGGUUACCAUGCCGUACUACAACAGUGGCCACAGCCCCGCUUACAACAAAGAUGCCGGCUCCAGUGGACCAUCGAGUACUUCUGGUGGUCGCGCCAACAGCUCGGAGCCGACGUAUAUGAUGGAACACUUGGCCACGUUCACCGUCACGAAGGAAACCGGUAUUGUUUAUCCGGCGGAUGGUAUGCGCCGCCUUCUACAGUUGGAGAAAAGCAAUGGCAUUUGGAGUCAAAAAAUGCAGCUUCGUCUCGAGCGAAACUGGGUCCUUAUCAUGGACAACGAAACAGGGGCCAUCAUGGAGCGAUUUCCGGCUUCGUUGAUACAGGAACCAACCGCAUUCACGUCGAGAGAUCCCAUGGAGAUGUAUAACAACAUUUUGGUGUUUACUGUGGCCGAUGAUAGUGGUUCUGGCCAGCGAGCGGAGAUGCAUAUAUUCCAGUGUCAGAGUGUAUCGGCGCAGGACCUCGUCGAGGACCUGAAAAUGUUGCAAAUGGGAAAACUGGUCACGGGUGGUUCGCCUCGGGGACCUAGAGGACACAUUCCACCACCACCUGCCUUACCGCCCCCGGAACCACCCUUGAACGGUGUUAACGUCAGGGAACAAGUGUCUGCUUUUAAUGCGGCGAAUGCCGACGGGCAGACGGAUAUGUCCCGUGAGGAGAACAACGAUGAGGUAUCGUCGACAUCGUCGGAAAAGUACGAGCGCGACGUAACGAUUCUGAAUCACUGCUUCGACGACAUCGAGAAAUUUAUUGCGCGUCUGCAGCACGCAGCUGCCGCGUCUCGGGAGCUAGAGCGCCGACGACGUAACCGGAAAUCAAAGAAGAGAAACCUUGGUGAUGGUAUGUUAACGAUGAGAGCAAAGCCGCCGCCCGAAGUGGAGUUCAUUGAUAUCUUUCAAAAGUUUAAGCUUUCAUUCAACCUCCUGGCCAAACUCAAAGCGCAUAUCCACGAUCCUAACGCUCCGGAACUCGUACAUUUUCUCUUUACGCCGCUUGCGCUUAUCGUGGACGCCUCUCACGAUACUAAUUCUGAUCCGAAUUUACCUAGUAAAGUAAUAUCGCCGCUCCUCACGCGAGAAGCGAUCAAUUUGCUGAUAAACUGUGUCACUAGCAAGGAGACCGAACUAUGGCACUCACUGGGCGAUGCGUGGUUGAUACCACGCGACCAAUGGAAAGUACAUGUGCCUCCGUAUCAUCCGAUGUUUAUGGACGGCUGGACGCCAGAGUAUCCCAUCCCCGAGGACAGGGAUCAUGAUCAUUUGGCGUCCUUGUUGAACGCGGAUAAACAAAAGAGGGACGAGUUACCAGAACAACAAAACGAUCCUUAUUACAAUCAUCGCGACGUGGAUGAAUCACAUUACAGUAGCGAUUAUCUGGAGUACGAGAGCCGAGAGGAGCGUGGCGGUAACGAAUACUUCGAUAGAAAUUAUGGCCCUAGUUCGGAAUUGUAUGGCCGCGAAGAGAGAGUGGAUCAGACCAGGGCGCAUAGUGACAUUUCUGUGGAUUCGAUUGAGAGAGCUCCCAGAGCGGUUACCGGAAUAGAGAGAGCACAGGAGGCUUGGUUGGAUGAAUUGGUAGCACGCCAUGCUAAGAUCGUACAAGUCACUUAUCCACGUACCGCGAACAACGACAAGGAGCUCACAGUGGUCAGAGGCGAAUAUUUGGAAGUUCUUGACGAUAGUAGGAAAUGGUGGAAAGCAAGGAACUCUCGAGGGCAGGUCGCUCACGUACCGCAUACCAUCGUUACGCCGCACAAUCCUGCUACUCAUGCUGCUGACAAUGACGUCUUUAAUAAUCCUCUAUAUACCAGCAGAUAUUCGAGGCAGGGACACGGCUAUAAUUAUGAGGAUUCGGAGAUUGAGAGAACCAGCACUAGUCCAGGCCCGGAAGCCACUCAUCGAACACAUGCGAUUCCACCGCCAGCACCUGCUGAUUGGGUGAGAAAGGAAAGACUUGGGAAAAAAGACGAUAUUAGUGCACACAACAGAACUCGUAAUGGCAGUAAUAGCAGUAGAUCUAGCACUUCUUCCAUCGAAAGUAACUCUCAGUCGAACAGAAAGCUUAAUACGCAACAAAGCGUUGUCGAAGUACACUCGCCACCUCGCGACGUAAUACUAGAUGUAAUACCUGACAGGCAAGCUCUAUCGUCUGCACUAACGCUACCAUCAAAGCCAUCUACAAUAAAAUUGACGCCAAUCUUACGUGAAUCGGAAUCAGUACAAACAUUACCCACUUCGAAAUCAGCACCAACACUCUCUGUAUUGAAAUCAGCACCAAUAUUACCUCCAUUACAACCAGCAUCACUUGCACCGCUAUUAGAUUCAUCGACGAUACCCCCAACGCCUCCACCACUGCCACCGCCAAUGGGAUCUAUCCCAAUGCUUCAAACUCAAAAAUCUGCGCCGUCAACUUUUACAUUUAAUAAAGCGGAAACUUCCAAAAGUAAUAAAUUUUCCAGUGGCAUUUCCAAUCAAGAAGAAGUUCAAAAAGAGCUUAAGUUUGUCCUGAGGAUAUUUCGAGAGGAGAAAGUGAAUUUUUCUACCAACAUGCAGGAAAUUUGGUUGAAUCAACACUCAACUCCUCGGGAAGUUCAAACUUGGUUGGCAGCCAAAGGAUUUUCGCAAAAAAUUUGCAAACAGUUAGAAAAUAUGAACGGUACGGAAUUGUUCGAUUUAUCACGACGGCGACUGGAACAAUUGUGUGGACUGUCCGAAGGAAGCAGGUUGAAUGGGCAAUUAACUUUAGCAAAAAACGAAUGUGAGUACAAAACUGCCCGAUCGUCAGAGCUCAAACAAAUUUUAGAAAAAGCGCGUCAAAGAGCAGAGAAGUUAAACGAUAAGGAUGAAGAAAUUAAAAAGUGAAUCAUAAUGUGAACGCAAAUACUGUAGAAAUGACGCAAAUAUUGAAACCAUACAUACUUAUUGCAACUGAAAAUUUAGAUAAAUAGAAAAUAAAAUAUAAUAAUGCAUAUUUUUUCAUAAUUUUUACAUAAAGAGGUAUCCCGUAAAAUGUUAUCGAAAAAAUAUCAUAAGAUUAUAAUGUGAUAAUUAUUUAUUAAAUAGAAGUUAAAGCAAUAUUGUGUAUCAAAGAUUUUUAGCAAGCUUGCAAACAUGCGCUUUACAAUAAAUUAGCUAUGAUGGUC